CAGAACUUUUACGUGCUCUUUAGAGAGAGAGAGAGACAGAGCAGAGAAGAGGAGCGAGAAGGAGAAGAAGAUUAGCGAGAAGGAGGAAGGUCAAAGAGGUAUGGGGGAUCUUUUCCUUGUUUCUUCCGUUUUUAUGCGUCAGAUUCUUGCUUCGUUGCUUUCGAUUCAGUCCGUCUCUUUGUUUCUUCUUCAUCUGGAUUUCUCCCAUUUCCCUUGAUUGCACUGCCAGCUGGGUAGUAAAUUAGGGUUUUUUUUUUGUCAUUUAGGUUUGAUUAAGUCGUUUAGCGUUGAUUAUCGUCGAGGAAAUGUAUUUUUCUUCGCUUCCAGAAUGAAUUCCGCUGCAAUUGGAUACUGUUUAGGUUUGGGGGGUUAGGGACGCAUUAAUUUCUGUCUAUGAGAUCUAAAGAGUGGUCUUUAGUUUGGCUCCAUGUCUAGUUUCUGAGUCGAAUAAGUUCAUCUUCCUCCCAAUCUGGGGCGAUCAGUAGAAUUCGAAUUGGUUAAUUGUGAACUUGUGAUAUAGAUUUCCUGCCAGAGGUUUGUGGUUGGUGCUAAGUGUUGUGUUCUUCUGCCGCAGAUGGCUCGUACCAAGCAAACUGCCCGCAAGUCCACUGGAGGAAAAGCUCCCAGGAAGCAGCUCGCUACCAAGGCUGCCCGUAAGUCUGCCCCUACCACUGGUGGUGUGAAGAAGCCCCAUCGUUACAGACCUGGAACUGUUGCUCUUCGUGAAAUCCGUAAGUACCAGAAGAGCACUGAGCUUCUGAUCAGGAAGCUGCCAUUCCAGAGGCUUGUUCGUGAAAUUGCACAGGACUUUAAGACUGACCUGCGUUUCCAGAGCCAUGCCGUUCUCGCUCUGCAGGAGGCAGCUGAAGCUUACCUUGUUGGGCUGUUUGAGGACACCAAUCUGUGCGCAAUCCAUGCCAAGCGUGUAACCAUCAUGCCCAAGGAUAUCCAGCUGGCCAGGAGGAUCAGGGGCGAGCGUGCUUAAGGAAGAAUUAGAAUGUGAUCUGGUUGACAUCUUCUGGAGUGGGAAGAUGGUUUAAUGGAAUGGUGUAAUUUGUUUGGUUGCUUAAUGGGUGUAGUAAUUGACUGUUGUUUUCCAAUCUGUCAUGAUGGGAUUUAGGGUAGAUAGAAAUAGUGUUCCUGCUUUGUGGUAGUUAGACCUUGUUGGAUGAUGGCUUCUGCUAAGUGAUAUGUCUGUAAUGGUGGUGUCCUAUGAUAUUUUGUUGGAGAUUCUUGAGCAUUGCCUAUGAUAUAUAUAGUUUGUUAGACCCUUGUGAUUCUUAUAUCAAUUUCCGCGUUCGGAUGAAUUGAAUGCCAAAUAAUUCGAUAUUUCGGAGUUUGCUUCCUUAGAAUGAAUUGCGUAAUAGACC